AUGUCAUCAAUGGAAUUUUCUGGUUUGAAUCAAACGAAACCUCUGUGCAGCGAUAAAACGAAACGAAUUGAUAAGGCUGAUCGAGCAUGGAAGAGUAAUCCAACCAAAGCAAAAUCUAAGCGUCGAUUAAUCUCAGGCUUAAGAGAGAUAGGCAAAUAUCUAGAACUUGGAGCAGUUAAAUUUGUCAUUAUUGCUCGCGAUAUAGAAAACAAACAGGAGGAAUUACGUGAACGAAUGGAUAAACUGAAAGUUUUAUGCAGUAAAUCAAAUAUUCUAAUUGUCGAAGCUUGUAGAAAACAUAAACUUGGAAAAGCAAUUCAAAGGCAACCGUUCGUUUCAGCCAUUGCAGUACUGGAUUAUCAAGGAGCUGAAAUUUAUAGAGACCUUUAUAACACUAUGAUGAAUGAAUAUCUUAGCGUGGAUGAAAGCAAUUGA